AUGCGUUUCAAGUAUGUUUGUCACUAUCAGAAUCCACGCUCCGUCCGCAGGCAGCUGGGCGCCUCGUCCCACCCUAACCCUGUUCUCCUAGAGGUGAGGGACUGGAGUCGGGCGCACCUGCACAGAUCUGCGCAUGUGAACGCUGCCCCAACUCUCGGCGCCACUUCCCCUCGGGCCGAGAGGCCCGGCCUGGGGAAGGACAGGUCCGCGGCACGAGGAACGUGGAAGCGAAAGCAGAAGGGGAACGAACGACACCGCCUCCACGGCGGGCGGCCGCCACACACACGCCCAUCUGGGGAGGGGCGGGCCCAGCUCCGGCGCCCGGCUCCCGGCUCCCGCUGGCUCCGCGGCCCGGCUAGCCAGCUCCAGCCCAAUUUCCCCGCCCGUUCAGGCCCGGGGGACGCCCCGGGAAUCUUCGCGCGCUCCCGCCGCCUGGCCGAGCAGCCGGGUCGUGCGUGGCCGCCGCCCGCCAGCCCCGCGGCACGCGCGCCCGGAGAAGUGCGGCCCGGGCGCUCGGCGCACGCGCACACGCGCAGUCCCGGGGCGCGUGCCCGACUCCCGCCCCCGUCCCCGCCCGCGGGACAGUCUCGGUCGGCAGUGAUCGGGCUGCCAGACUGCAGGCGGACUCCGACGCAAAUAGGGCGUCCGGGCCAGUAUCGCCUGAGGCGCCGAGAAGCCGGUGUGGCCCGGGAGAGGGUGGAGACGACGCCUGUGACGGGCUUCCCGGCCGCCCGAAGUGGGAGUGGUGUGGGCUGGAGGAAGGAGAGAGGAAGAGGAGCAGAAGGGGGCAGCGGCGGCCGCCUACGGGCUUCCCUGCGCGCUGACAGGCUGGGCCGGCGUCCGGCUCGCUCGGGAGUUGGUGCCGCCGCCUCUGCCGCUCGGCCCCUGGGCCCGGACUCGCGGCGCGCGUCGGGGCGGAGAGCUGCUGCGGCAGCGCGGGGCCAGGCCCGGGGCUCGCCGCCGAGGGAUAUUUCAGAAGCAGGCGAGGGAACAAGAUGUGAACUGUUGCUCUUCGGAAGAAAAAGGUCCCCGCUGCCCUUCCCGCGAAGGUGACUGCCCUACCCUGCUUGGAGGCAGGUAGGAAGAAAGUAAAGAGAGAAAAGCAAAAAGGAGUCCAGUGGGGCACCUGAGUGGCUCAGAUGGUUGAACGUCCAGCUCUUGAUUUCCACUCAGG